AUGCGCCCCUCACUCGCGGCCUACCACCACCCCAUCCACCAGUCGCUCUAUCCCCCGGCGGCACCCCCACCCUACGCUGGCAGCAGCAGCAAGAUGUUUUACAGUUACGUGCCGAACGCGGUGAAGACGCGGAAGAGGACGAGCGCGCAGCAGCUGGCGAUCCUCGAAGAUGUGUUCGUGACGGACAAGAAGCCGAACGGGCCGAAGCGCAAGGAGCUGAGCGGGAAGCUGUCGAUGACCCCGCGCGAGGUUCAGGUUUGGUUCCAGAACAGGCGAGCAAAGGAGAAGAAGCAGGCUGCGCAACGAGUCGGCCAGGAAGGCGAAGGUUCGUCGACCGCGCCGGCCGCGGGUGCAGACACCAGCGACGGGGACUCGCCAAGCGCCACCCCCACUGACCUCGAAUGCGUGCCUCCGACGUCAGCGCCCCCAGCCUCCGCGCCGCCGGCCAUCCCCCAGCCGCCGACGCUGCCGCCAUCUCUCUCGCUCCCGUCCGGGCCGUUCCCGAUGCGGAUGAGCCCUCCGAGCGCUGCGAGCGCUGUGCACGACCAGCGGCGGUCGUCUCUGCCGGUCACGCACCUGCACUCUGGCCAGCCGGCGUUCCUGCCGCCCAGCGACCCCGCGCUGUACCGCCGGGCGUCGCACACCACGCUGCUGGACACCCACCCGUGCUCGCCGCUCGCCCGUCGCGCCUCCUUCGACCCCCGCGGCCCGGCUACCCGUCGCUUCGCACCCUACGGUCCUACACAGGUUCGCCCGUCGUUGACGCAUCGGCCGUCCGCGCCGGAGAUCUAUCACCACAACCUGUCCUACCCUCCGUCCCAUCAGUCCCAGCCGGAGUAUGCCGCGCCGCAAAUCCCCUCACCCGCCACGCCCUUCGAGGGCUGGACAAACUCGGACCCUUUCAACCAAGGUGCUGCCGCCGCCACCCAGGCGCCCUCCUUCGAGGGCUACGAGUUCCCGCCCAAGGGCCCCAACCAGGACCCGCGCAACAGCGUCAGCAGCCUCGCCAGCGUCCCCUUCAGCGACACCAGCACCGGCCCCAGCACUGGCGGGGCCUACUUCAGCGACGCCUCUGGUCCGCUCACCGCCUCGGACGACGGCGAGCGUAGGGGCAGCUGGGCAGUCCUUCCUCACCCGCCUAUGCUUGAUCGUCGUGCCUCGCUCGGCGACCCCGGCGCGGGCGGCUUGUACGGCCACGAGCUGCACGGUCAUGGCAACGGUCGCGGGAGCGAGAUCUCCAACACCAGCGGGAGCGGAAGCGAGAACGGCACCGUCUACCCGUCUCCGCCAUCUGACCGCGCCCGUAGCGCCAGCCUCCCGCAUACAGGCGGCCUGCCUCAGCCGCAACAGCAGCAGCGCCAGAGCCCGGUCUACUACGGUUUGCCCGGCGCGAACAACAGCAAUGGCAGCGGCCAGUUCCUCCCGCUCAACCACUCGGUCGGCCCGAGCCCGCCGCAGGACUUCAACGGCUACAACCAGCAGCAUCAGCCUCAGCAGGCGGACUUCACGUCGCCCCAGCAGCCGCCUCAGUUCUUCGCGCCGCCCUCGCAUCCUCCGACCCAGCAGCAGCAGGGGUUCAUCAGCCCUACAGUCGGGUACGACUCGCGGCGCCCCAGCUUUGAUGCGAACGCGAGCGCGGCGUACGAUCAGCGCCGUCCGAGCUACGAUGCGAACAGCGUGCAGCCUAGCUUUGACCGGCGGCCUAGCUAUGACGCCAACGCUCUUAGCGCCCAGCUUCCUGCGCCCGCAUACGACCAGCGGCGCCCGAGCUACGACGGCAGCGUCGGCGUGAACGACAUGUACGAUCAGCGGCGGCCUAGCUUCGACGCUAACGGGCUCGGUGCGACGCAGGUGUACGACCAGCGUCGGCCGAGCAUGCAGAGCUUCGACGGCUCGGGGUCGUACGAGCAGCUCCAGCAGCCGCCGUACCAGCAACCUCAGUACGAUGCCGCUCACGGACAUGCGGGUGGGCCGUACGAUACGGCGCCGCAGGCGUUCGAUGGGUAUGGCGCGCCAAACGGGUACCAGUGA